AUCGAAUCGUAGGUCAUAGCUUUGCAGCGUAUUCUAUGGUUAUCAGAGAAAAACGUGUUUCUGGUGUUGACGAGUGCAGCCAAAAAUCCAUCUCCAGUUGAGGCGUGGCUUGGCACCAGCGAACCCCCCAAAUGACGCGGAUGCUUCACCCACCACGCUGCUCCUCUCCGUGCAUACAUAUCCGCCCAAUUCCCACUCCACGUCGCAACGGACAGCCAGCUAGGCCGCCAUCUCCACACAUCCCGCAACCAUGGCGUCGCAAACACCCGCCGUUGUCAUGGACAACGGCACCGGAUACUCUAAGCUAGGUUUCGCCGGAAACGACUCUCCCUCCUUCGUCUUUCCAACCGCGAUUGCCACAAAGGCCAGUGGAGGAGCAGCAGGGACGGGCUCGGGUAGACCGCCAGUCGCAAAUAAGCCGUCGUUCUUGACUGGAGGCGCGGGGUCAAGUUCUUCGUUGUCCGCGAAGAGGGGCACGGAGGACCUGGAUUACUUCAUUGGAGAUGAGGCGCUUGCUGCAACUUCAGGGCCGGGAUAUGGCCUUCAUUAUCCUAUUAGACACGGCCAAAUCGAGAAUUGGGAUCAUAUGGAGCGUUUCUGGUCCAAUUCUAUCUUCAAGUAUCUGAGAGUGGAGCCGGAGGAUCAUUACUUUCUUCUCACCGAACCGCCAUUAAACCCGCCUGAAAAUAGAGAAAAUACUGCUGAAAUUUUCUUCGAGUCUUUCAAUUGCGCAGGAUUAUAUAUCGCUGUUCAAGCCGUGCUAGCUCUUGCUGCAUCAUGGACGUCAUCCAAAGUCACUGAUAGAUCUUUGACAGGUACCGUCAUUGACUCUGGUGACGGUGUUACACACGUUAUCCCCGUGGCGGAGGGAUACGUCAUUGGAUCCUCAAUCAAGAGCAUUCCCAUUGCCGGCAGAGACAUCACAUAUUUCGUUCAGAAUCUACUCCGUACAAGAGGAGAGCCAGAUAGCUCAAUGAAGACCGCAGAAAGAGUCAAGGAAGAGUACUGCUACGUCUGCCCGGAUAUUGUGAAGGAGUUUGCCCGCUACGACAAGGAACCAGACCGAUUCUUGAAGCAUACCGUCACUUCUCCUAACGGACGAAGCGUCACUAUAGAUAUUGGCUACGAGCGAUUCCUUGCCCCGGAAAUCUUUUUCAACCCUGAAAUUUACUCGUCAGAUUUCUUAACCCCACUCCCCAAUGUUGUUGAUGGUGUCAUCCAGUCUUCCCCGAUUGACGUGAGACGAGGUCUAUAUAAGAACAUUGUCUUGUCCGGAGGAUCGACCUUGUAUAAGGAUUUUGGUCGCCGCUUGCAACGCGAUAUCAGACAUCUUGUCGAUGCUCGUAUCCGCGCUUCAGAAGCUCGUAGCGGCGGGGCCAAGAGCGGUGGAUUAGAAGUCCAGGUUAUUACCCACAAGAGACAGCGCCAUGGACCCUGGUUCGGUGGAAGUCUCCUUGGCCAGACACCUGAAUUCCGAAGCUAUUGUCAUACCAAGGCUGAAUACGACGAGAUUGGCCCGUCUAUUGUGAGACGAUUUGCGCUACUUGGAGGACCGGGGAGCACCUAGAUAGCAUCGCAAUACAAGGCAUAGGCCCUUCCAACUUGACAUUCGCGCAUAUAAUCUCUGUGUAUACGAUUAAAUGGUUCAAAGCAUCUAGGUAGAGGACCCAAAAGCUCACCCAACGUGUCGUGUGGGUGAUAACCGAA